GCCCCACAUAACCGUUAAAACUGUGAUCCUAGUCCCAGGUAUCAUUAAAGACCACAAAGCUAAGCCCUGGGUCAUAUUUCUCAACUUUCGCAUUGUCCGCCUGGUUGACUAUCUUUCUUCAUCAUUGUGGUUUUGUUCUCCGCGAGUUGUAUAUCGCAACGAGUUUUCCAAGGAACUGCAUUAUUCGCCACUUUUCCAAGUCGGAAUCAUGACUUUGCAAGCAAUCAAAUAUAGUGAUGGCAAUCUGUCCAUCAUCGAUCAGCUCCAGCUGCCAUAUGUGGAACGCUUUAUAACAAUACAAACUACUGAGGAAGCCUGGCAUGCGAUAAAAGACAUGCGAGUAAGAGGCGCUCCUGCUAUUGCUAUUGUAGCAGCCCUCGCUCUUGCAUCCGAGCUCCACAAACUCAUAGCGCGCAAUGAGAUCUCCCAAAGUGCCCAUGAGGUCCAAAGUUUCAUCAUGGAAAAGCUCGAUUAUCUUGUCAGUAGCAGACCUACCGCAGUGAACCUCGGUGAUGCUGCUACGAAACUUAGGGCCGUUAUUAGUGAUUAUACACAACGGCCCGGAUCGACCGGGCGCACUGUUGCUACUGCUUUGAUACAGGCAGCAGAGGGAAUGCUAGUGAAGGAUGUCAAGGACAAUAAGGACAUUGGGAAGUAUGGUGCUCAAUGGAUUCUGUCAAAUGCCGUGGGAGAUUCAAAGGCUACCGUUCUCACGCAUUGCAAUACGGGUUCUCUUGCGACAUCGGGCUACGGGACAGCUCUCGGCGUUAUUCGCGCACUUGCAUCAACGGGCGACCUGCACCACGCAUACUGCACCGAAACACGACCCUAUAAUCAGGGAUCUCGACUGACGGCCUUCGAACUAGUCCACGACCGUCUCCCUGCCACACUUAUAACAGACUCAAUGGCAGCUGCUCUACUUGCCAGACCUGGUGCCCGAGUACAUGCCAUCGUAGUAGGUGCGGAUAGGGUGGCUGCUAACGGAGAUACUGCAAACAAAAUAGGUACUUAUGGUCUUGCCGUUCUUGCAAAGUAUCACGGGGUGAAAUUUCUCGUCGCCGCGCCCCUUACUACAAUCGAUUUGGCCACUCCAUCCGGGAACGAAAUCAUAAUUGAGCAGCGCCCGGCCUCUGAAGUUACCAAGGUCAAAGGCCCGCGUGAUAAUCAGGCCGGCAACGAAAUCGAAAUGGAAACGGUGCGCAUAGCUGCUAAUGGAAUCAAUGUUUGGAAUCCGGCAUUUGAUGUGACACCAUCUGUGCUUAUUGAUGGUAUCAUUACAGAGAAGGGAGUGGUGGAAAAGGAUACAGACGGACGUUUUCAUUUGGAACACUUGUUCUGCGACACUGCGUCACUGACUUCGGGCACCCCCGCCUCCUCUGCUUGAUUGUAUUUGUUUGGUUGCUUCUCAAACGCAUUUAGUAACUCGUCUAUUUUAUCUUCCAAGGCUUUCAGGUGGUUUUCCAGCGCUAGCGCUGUCCUUUCGCCGCUAUAUUCCAAAAAUCAGGCAUGAAUUAUUGUGGGUGACGACUUGUCUCGUGAGCUUACCUCGCGAUAUCCUUGAAAGCCUGUGUUUCGCAGUUAGCAUCUAUGCAGCGUGACCCAAUAUAGUACAUCUCGCGCUUUUGAACCCAUGUAUUACUGGCGGAGUAAUGGGUGCCCACCGGAGAUAAAACUUACUUGUGCGAUACUCGCAUCGUUCUGCUGGUUACUUGGUGGCAUGGCUGGUGUAUCUGGCUAAGAAAGGCUAGGAUUUGUGGGUAAAACUACUGGCCUGUCCCAGGGAUGUCAAU